GGUGGGCGGGGCCUCGGGCGACGCCCCACGGGCCACUGGGAGCUGCGACGUCGGUGUUGCUCCCGGGUAGCGGGCGCAGCACGGGGCUGGUCUGGGGUGUGCGGGCUGGGCCGCAGAUGUCAUGUGGCCUGUGUUUUGGACCGUGGUGCGUACCUAUGCCCCCUAUGUCACCUUUCCUGUGGCCUUUGUGGUCGGGGCUGUGGGCUACCACUUGGAAUGGUUCAUCAGAGGAAAGGAUCCUCAGCCUGUGGAGGAGGAAAAGAGCAUCUUGGAGCGCCGAGAGGACCGAAAGCUGGAUGAGCUGCUAGGCAAGGACCACACUCAGGUGGUGAGCCUGAAGGACAAGCUGGAAUUUGCCCCUAAAGCAGUCCUGAACAGAAACCGUCCGGAGAAGAAUUAAUGGAGGGUCCAGGUCCCUGUGGUGCACAGGGCUGUGACAUGCCCUGCCACCAUGUUGACCCAGCUUUGCUGCUCACCCCGGCCCCUCCUGCCCCCACAGCCUCACACAUACCAGCUGGUCCUUGAUGGCUGUACAGCUGCAGCAGUAGGGACCAGCAAAGAGGAAGACUGUUGACCAGGCGCUCUUCAUGACUGUGUGGGCUUCUGCUCUUUCUUGGGAGUACCACAGGGAGGAGCCCUGGGGAGUGAACACUGGUCUCAGGCUCCCUGGGGAGGGACUUGGCCUCAACUGGAAAUAGCUGGGGUUUGUUGUUGCCAUUAGGAGGGCCACCUCCAUGUAUAGUUCUAAUUUUUGCACUGGAAAGAAUUCGGAAAUCUCCCUUCUCCCUUGAUGAAUUUUUCUUGUUUUCUUUGCACAUUAUUGGCUCAGGAAUGGGAUUCUCAGGGGGGAAAAAAAAGCAUGUUUCUGUUGUGGGACGCUCAGGCUGUUUACUGUGGGGUGCAGGGGUAUAUGCCUGGAAAUAAUCACUGUCUUCCACUCUUCCUCACUGUGCAGUGAGAGCCUCAAUUAAAGUGGCACCUGAGACAUA